ACCCUGGAAUGAGUAGGUGUGUCCAAACUUUUGACUGGUACUGUACGUGCAUUUCUCUACCCUUCCAAUUGAUUUAAGGCAAUCGUCGUUAUUUCCCGAUAGCUGAGUAGUCACCCAGUUGACAGAACAGGUUUGUUUGAUCACGGUGUUUACCUGGAUGGGGCCAUCAUACCUCCACCCACUAAAUGUCAAACACACACUUUGGACUGCGUGAUCGACAGAGGACAUUCAGCCUGAGCCUGUUGUGUAUUCACUAGGAACCAAACAGAAGUAAACCGGACCAAACGGGACCAAACUGGACCAAACGGGACCAAACAGCAGUGGUUUAUAGUACUUACGUAAUUUACUUUUAAAGUACUACUUUAGUGGUGUUUUUGGGUAUCUGUACUUUACUUUACUAUUUAACAUUUUUGACAACUUUUACUUUUAAAUCCACGACAUUCGUAAACAAAAUAAUGUACUUUUUAUUCCCUACAUUUUCCCUGACACCUAAAAGUGUAAUUUACAUUUUUUGAACACUCAGCGAGGACAGAAUUACGGCACCUGUCAGGAUAACACUUGGUCGUCCCUACUGCCUCUGAUCUGGGGGACUCACGAAACACAACUACUGUGUUUGUAAAUGAUGUCUGAGUGUUGGAGUGUGGCCCCUGUCAGUCCGUGGUUAAAAAUAAUACGAAAAUAGUGCCGUCUCGUUUGCUUAAUAUCAGGAGUUUGAUGAACAGCUUUUACAUUGUACGUUUACUCAAGUAUGACGAUUGAUUACUUUUUAUACCACUUUACUACUGUAGAUUUAAAGCCAAGUAGUAUUUUCUCAAGUGGUAUUUUACUGGUUGACUUUUACCUGAGUCAUCUUCUAUUAAGGUGUCUUUACUUUUACUGAAGUAUGACAAUUGAGUACUUUUUCCACCACUGCUAAACGGGACCAAACGGGGCCAAACGGGACCAAACGGGGCCAAGUGGGACCAAACGGGACCAAGUGGGACCAAACGGGACCAAGUGGGACCAAACGGGGCCAAGUGGGACCAAACAGGGACAAACAGGACCAAGUGGGACCAAACAGGACCAAACGGGACCAAACGGGCCCAAACAGGACAAAACGGGACCAAACAGGGCCAAACGGGACCAAGUGGGACCAAACAGGACCAAGUGGGACCAAGUAGGACCAAACAGGACCAAACGGGACCAAGUGGGACCAAACGGGGCCAAGUGGGACCAAACGGGGCCAAGUGGGACCAAACAGGGCCAAACGGGACCAAGUGGGACCAAAUGGGGCCAAACGGGACCAAGUGGGACCAAACGGGGCCAAACGGGACCAAGUGGGACCAAACAGGGCCAAAUGGGACCAAGUGGGACCAAACGGGGCCAAGUGGGACCAAGCGGGACCAAACGGGGCCAAACGGGGCCAAGUGGGACCAAAAGGGGCAAAGUGGGACCAAGCGGGACCAAACGGGGCCAAACGGGGCCAAGUGGGACCAAACGGGGCCAAGUGGGACCAAGCGGGACCAAACGGGGCCAAACGGGGCCAAGUGGGACCAAAAGGGGCAAAGUGGGACCAAGCGGGACCAAACGGGGCCAAACGGGGCCAAGUGGGACCAAAAGGGGCAAAGUGGGACCAAAUGGGGCCAAGUGAACGGGGCCAAGUGGGACCAAACGGGGCCAAGUGGGACCAAACGGGGCCAAACGGGACCAAACGGGGCCAAGUGGGACCAAACGGGACCAAGUGGGACCAAACGGGGCCAAGUGGGACCAAACGGGGACAAACGGGGCCAAGUGGAACCAAACAGGACCAAACGGGACCAAACGGGGCCAAGUGGGACCAAACGGGGCCAAACGGGACCAAACGGGGCCAAGUGGGACCAAACGGGGCCAAACUGGACCAAACGGGGCCAAAUGGGACCAAACGGGGCCAAGUGGGACCAAACGGGGCCAAACGGGACCAAACGGGGCCAAGUGGAACCAAACGGGGCCAAGUGGGACCAAACGGGGCCAAACGGGACCAAACGGGGCCAAGUGGGACCAAACGGGGCCAAACGGGACCAAACUGGGCCAAGUGGAACCAAACGGGGCCAAGUGGGACCAAACGGGGCCAAACGGGACCAAACGGGGCCAAGUGGGACCAAACGGGGCCAAGUGGGACCAAACGGGGCCAAACGGGACCAAACGGGGCCAAGUGGGACCAAACGGGGCCAAACGGGGCCAAACGGGACCAAACGGGGCCAAGUGGAACCAAACGGGGCCAAGUGGGACCAUACGGGGCCAAACGGGCCAAGUGGGACCAAACGGGGCCAAGUGGGACCAAACGGGGCCAAACGGGGCCAAGUGGGACCAAACGGGGCCAAGUGGGACCAAACGGGGCCAAACGGGACCAAACGGGGCCAAGUGGAACCAAACAGGGCCAAGUGGGACCAAAUGGGGCCAAGUGGGACCAAACGGGGCCAAACGGGACCAAACGGGGCCAAGUGGGACCAAACGGGGCCAAACGGGACCAAACGGGGCCAAACGGGGCCAAGUGGGACCAAACGGGGCCAAACGGGACAAACGGGGCUAAACGGGGCCAAGUGGGACCAAACGGGGCCAAGUGGGACCAAACGGGGCCAAGUGGGACCAAACGGGGCCAAGUGGAACCAAACGGGGCCAAACAAGGAGAGACCUACAUGACCUACAUUUGUCGAAUAAGAAACUCUUGUUUUUGUUGCAAAAUGUUUUCAGUUGGGAAGCGUUUUGUUAUGAUUUUAUACAGUGUGCACUAAUGAAUACACCCCAGGACUGCCCAGGUAGAAUUGGUUCAUACUCUUUCUGUUUAAAAGGAGGAGGAAACACGUUGUUUUUGGACUUGUGUUGAAAGACUGCAGUUGGAUUUGGUCAUAGUUAUCAUUCUGCCAGUAAAAUGGCAUCAAAGAAAUGAUUGAGUAAGCAGGUAUUACCUCCGCAACUUGAUCAAUCAUUCACAAAACACUGUUCUGUUGUCCAUUAUCCAAGAGUUCCAACUAACAUAUUGGUCUUCAGACAAACAAAGAUAUUAUUUUGUUUUAUUGGAGCAGCAGUAGACUCUGUUGGAAACCAAACCAACGUAAAAACCUGAGGAGGAGCUCCCCCUUGUGGAGACAGCUUUAAACUCCAUAUGAGCCCUUUACAAGGGAAAGGUGGAUACCUAGUCAGUUCUACAACUGAAUGCAUUCAAUUCAAUUGUGUCUUCAGCAUUUAACCCAACAGGGACGAAGGUGACAUUUCAGUUGUGUCAAUGAUCAAUAGACAGACAGCCAGACAGUCAGCCAGACAGCCAGAGAGACCAACAUAGACACACACAGGUCAAUCCUGGUUCUGGGAACCCAAAGUGGUGCACAUUUUGUUUCGGCUCUACACUACACACCUGAUUUGAAAUUGAUGAAGAAAAGCAGGUGUUUAGCACCCAUUAGAGCCUGGUUCCUGUCUAGGUUUCUUCCUAGGUUCCAGCCUUUCUAGGGUGUUUUUUCCCCUAGAGCCUGGUUCCUCUCUAGGUUUCUUCCUAGGUUCCUGCCUUUCUAGGGAG